GCAUGCAUUACGCAGAUAUUAUCCUGAAGCACGGAAGUUUGCGUGUCUGACUACUCUACGUCAGACAGACUGGACCAGGCCAACUUCCCGUUCAUUUAUGAACGAAUCAAGCCUUUCGAGUCUCGACAAGGCAUGUUUUUAUUCAGAGAUGUCCAGAGUCUGGCCACUCCUGUUCGCCAACUUGGACCUUCACCACCAUCUCCUCGACCAUCAUCUCCUCGCUCCCUUUCACCCUUCCCUUAGUUCUCCGACUAUCACUCAUUCGCAUUACCGAACAUGACAUCCCUACUUGAACGCAUGAGUCUUCCCGGGACCACUGUAGGCCCCGUUCGCAGCAACAGCAAAAGCAAUCGUGCGGGAGGAUCCUCACCAUACAAUCGCAAUUCGCGACCGCCCAAGGGUGAUGUUAACGGCACUUGGAAACAUGAUAUGUAUGGGGCGCAAAAUUCGCUCAGCGCGCGGAUAACCGACAAGCCUGCGGUGCCAAAGUUGAAUAUGUCGCAGGCGGAGCGGGCCUUACGAGAAGCCAAUGGCGAGAAGGGUCUCUCGAUCAAGGGCGCAAGCUCGAGAGGAAACGUCGUGCAGGUUGGUGAACUCGCGGCUGGGACGACUGCCGAAGACGUCAAGGCUAUCUUCCAACGGUGUGGACCGAUAACGGAUUCCAAGGUGACACAAAAUGGCGACCCUGUAGUCGUCCGUGUCACAUUCAAGAAUGAAAAGGACGCCCAAGCGGCGGUGGCGAAGUUCCAUGGCCAACCGGCCGAUGGACGUUUCCUCGCAGUCAAAAUCAUUGGUGGUGUUAAUGCGAAUCUGAUUGGCCGUCUCGGCGUAUCGACACAAGAUGAUAGUGUGGAUGCGCUGAUGGCAGAUGACUCAUCGUCCAAGGCCGGCUCGAAACUGCGGUCAGAUGAACUCUUGGCGAAGGGUUCUCGUGCUACCAUCUUGGUUGCACCGCCAGGUACAGACCCAACCGAGUACACACAGAGGUCACAGGGUGGAAGGGGUCGAGGCGGUAGGGGUCGUCGGGGAGGAGGACGAGGCAGGGGUCGACGAGGUGAAGGUGGCUCACGAAUGGAUGUCGACUGAGUGAGGCACUCAGUUGCACUCCCUGCCUCUCGGACUAUUGGCCAAGAAAGGUCAACUUAUAUUAUCAUAUCUCUCGCGUCGCGUCGUAUUAUCACUGUCAAUUGCUCCCUCCUCCGCUUCUUGGCUAUCUGUCGGUUCGCUUGUUGUUUGUUUGUAAAAUACCAUAGGCCCUGGUCUAGUUGUCUCAGUCGUACUGCAAUUCUAGAAUUCACCUUUAUCGAUGCUCAACGCUCAGUUUAAAUAACAGAGUGCGCGAAAUCUGUGACAUGA